AUGUCCCAGCUGUCCGAUUACCGACUACUGUGUUUCGAUGUCUAUGGCACCUUGAUCGAUUGGGAGGGAGGCAUCCUCGCGGCACUACAACCACUCCUUGCAACAGGAAGUCGUUCCAAUGAACUCUCCCGCAAAUCCCUCCUCACGCUUUACCAAGAGCUUGAAAGCGAGCAGCAGCGCAAAACGCCGGACAUGCCCUACUCCGAGCUCCUUGCCACCAUCCAUCCACUUCUCGCCGCCCGUCUGGGCCUGCCCUCCCCCAGCGACGCGGACAAUCAACGAUUCGGCGAAUCAGUCGGCAACUGGCCCGCCUUCCCCGAUACAGUUGACGCGCUGCGCCGGCUUGCAACGCACUACAAGCUCGUGGUCCUCUCCAACGUGGACAGGGCAUCCUUUGCACGGUCCAAUGCGGGCAGUCUGCAAGGAUUCCACUUUGACCGAAUCAUCACUGCACAGGAUAUCGGCUCAUAUAAGCCGGAUGCGCGCAAUUUCGCGUACAUGAAGACGACGGUGGAGAAGGAGUUUGGGAUUCGACCGGAGGAGAUUCUGCAGACGGCUCAGUCACAGUAUCAUGAUCAUCAGCCGGCGAAGGAGGCUGGGAUCCGAUCGGUUUGGAUUGAAAGGUCUGGAGCUACGAUGGGAAAUACAGAUGAGCCAAUUUUUGAUUGGCGGUUUGAUACUCUGGGAGAGAUGGCGGAUGCCUUGGCUCGGGAGGAAGAAUGA